CGGAGGGGCGCUCAGGCGCGAGGCUGCGCGGCGCCGGGGACCCCGGACGCGGGGGCGCGGAGAGGUGGGUUCCCCCUCCACAGUCAGGCCGUUGGGGGCUUCGCGUCCUGCAGGAGGUAGCAACCGCUGGGCCGGUGGGCUCCGGGCGCGUCUCGACGCAGAAGACAGAGGACUGGGCACCCGAGCCUCGGAAUUUGGGGGUCCUCGGGGUGUCCGACAGGGUGGAGAAGGAUCGUGCCCCAGGGCAACAGCUUUGGGGAUUGCCCGCGGUUGUCUUCGAGACCCAUCGCGCGACCCUCCGAAACGUCGGGCGUCCUGGACCCCUGGAGAGUGCGGCGUGCGCGCCCUGGGCCCGCGGUCUCUCGGAGUGCCUGGGUCGGAACUGGUUCUGGGUCGGAACUGGUUCUGGGCCGGAUUGGGUGCAGAGUCGGUGCCCCCAACCCCCGUGCGCGCAGACAGCGUGCAGCCUGGCUCCUCGCGUCGCUGCCGCCCCCCAACCCCAGCCCCGGAGCUCCCCAGGUUGGAUGUAUGCGUGUGGUUUUGUUGGGAGAUGUGCCUCUUUCCCAGCCGAGGAGGGACGCACCUUUGACCUUUCUAAAGAGCUGGGCAGGUCGGUAACCAGGGAAGGGAUAGGCACCACCGGGCUAAAUUCAAAACCAGUCCCGCUCCUCUGCUUGCCACUCCUUAAUUGCUCAAGGAAAAACUGCAUAGAAAAUCUAAUGGAUGAAGAUGAGAAAGACAGAGCCAAGAGAGCUUCUCGAAACAAGUCUGAGAAGAAGCGUCGGGACCAGUUCAAUGUUCUCAUCAAAGAGCUCAGUUCCAUGCUCCCUGGCAACACGCGGAAAAUGGACAAAACCACCGUGCUGGAAAAGGUCAUCGGAUUUUUGCAGAAACACAAUGAAGUCUCAGCGCAAACGGAAAUCUGUGACAUUCAGCAAGACUGGAAGCCUUCAUUCCUCAGUAAUGAAGAAUUCACCCAGCUGAUGUUGGAGGCAUUAGAUGGCUUCAUUAUCGCAGUGACAACAGACGGCAGCAUCAUCUAUGUGUCUGACAGUAUCACGCCUCUCCUUGGGCAUUUACCGUCGGAUGUCAUGGAUCAGAAUUUGUUAAAUUUCCUCCCAGAACAAGAACAUUCAGAAGUUUAUAAAAUCCUUUCUUCCCAUAUGCUUGUGACGGAUUCCCCCUCCCCAGAAUACUUAAAAUCUGACAGCGAUUUAGAGUUUUAUUGCCAUCUUCUCAGAGGCAGCUUGAACCCAAAGGAAUUUCCAACUUAUGAAUACAUAAAAUUUGUAGGAAAUUUUCGCUCUUACAACAAUGUGCCUAGCCCCUCCUGUAACGGUUUUGACAACACCCUUUCAAGACCUUGCCGGGUGCCACUAGGAAAGGAGGUUUGCUUCAUUGCCACCGUUCGUCUGGCAACACCACAAUUCUUAAAGGAAAUGUGCAUAGUUGACGAACCUUUAGAGGAAUUCACUUCAAGGCAUAGCUUGGAAUGGAAAUUUUUAUUUCUGGAUCACAGAGCCCCUCCAAUCAUAGGAUACCUGCCUUUUGAAGUGCUGGGAACCUCGGGCUAUGACUACUACCACAUUGAUGACCUGGAGCUCCUGGCCAGGUGCCACCAGCACCUGAUGCAGUUUGGCAAAGGGAAGUCGUGUUGCUACCGGUUUCUGACCAAAGGUCAGCAGUGGAUUUGGCUGCAGACUCACUACUACAUCACCUACCAUCAGUGGAACUCCAAGCCCGAGUUCAUCGUGUGCACACACUCGGUGGUCAGUUACGCAGAUGUCCGGGUGGAAAGGAGGCAGGAGCUGGCUCUGGAAGACCCGCCAUCCGAGGCCCUCCACUCCUCAGCACUAAAGGACAAGGGCUCAAGCCUGGAACCUCGGCAGCACUUUAACGCACUCGACGUGGGUGCAUCGGGCCUUAAUACCAGUCAUUCGCCAUCAGCAUCCUCAAGAAGUUCCCACAAAUCUUCGCACACAGCCAUGUCAGAACCCACCUCCACUCCCACCAAGCUGAUGGCAGAGGCCAGCACUCCGGCUUUGCCAAGAUCAGCCACCCUGCCCCAAGAGUUACCUGUCCCUGGGCUCAGCCAAGCAGCCACCAUGCCGGCCCCUCUGCCUUCCCCAUCGUCCUGCGACCUCACACAGCAGCUCCUGCCUCAGACCAUUCUGCAGAGCACACCCGCUCCCAUGGCACAGUUUUCGGCACAGUUCAGCAUGUUCCAGACCAUCAAAGACCAGCUAGAGCAGCGGACGCGGAUUCUGCAGGCCAAUAUCCGGUGGCAACAGGAAGAGCUCCACAAGAUCCAGGAGCAGCUCUGCCUGGUCCAGGACUCCAACGUCCAGAUGUUCCUGCAGCAGCCAGCUGUAUCCCUGAGCUUCAGCAGCACUCAGCGACCUGAGGCCCAGCAGCAGCUACAGCAAAGGUCAGCUGCAGUGACUCAGCCCCAGCUCGGGGCGGGCCCCCAACUUCCAGGGCAGAUCUCCUCUGCCCAGGUCACAAGCCAGCACCUGCUCAGAGAAUCAAGUGUGAUAUCAACCCAGGAUGCCAGCCAGUGCCAGCCCAGCCCAGACUUCAGCCAUGAUCGGCAGCUCAGGCUGUUGCUGAGCCAGCCCAUCCAGCCCAUGAUGCCCGGGUCCUGUGACGCAAGGCAGCCCUCGGAGGUCAGCAGGACGGGACGGCAAGUCAAGUAUGCACAGAGCCAGACCGUGUUUCAAAAUCCAGAUGCACACCCUGCCAACAGCAGCAGCGCCCCGAUGCCCGUCCUGCUGAUGGGGCAGGCGGUGCUCCACCCCAGCUUCCCUGCCUCCCAACCAUCGCCCCUGCAGCCCGCACAGGCCCGGCAGCAGCCACCGCAGCACUACCUGCAGGUACAGGCACCAACCUCUUUGCACAGUGAGCAGCAGGACUCGCUACUUCUCUCCACCUACUCACAACAGCCAGGGACCCUGGGCUACCCCCAACCACUCCCAGCACAGCCCCAGCCCCUACGUCCUCCCCGAAGGGUCAGCAGUCUGUCUGAGUCGUCAGGCCUCCAGCAGCCGCCCCGAUAGUGCCCCGGCACUGAAGUCGGGACACAAUCAGCUUUAACCAAUGGAUGAGGGGGGUGGCCACAGGAGAUGGGGAGAGGAGUCUGAACUAAACCCCUGGCUUUUGUGCACACCGCAUACGUUUCAGAACUCCUGGAUGGUAACCAUCUCUGGAGUGCAGCGCUUGCUGCAGUGGAAAUGAUCAGGAAUAUUGACCGCGUUUCUCUUGCCUCCGAGGUUCUUGGGCACACUCUAUAGCCAUACUGGACAGGAACCAGGUGCCCCGUGUAGGCAUCGUUGGUCGGUUUACCGUCAGAGAUGGCGCAUCUCGCUGCAUCCCCCGAGAGUACACCGGUUGCUCUAGCCACCUGCGGCCCGCCCAUCUGCGCUAGCUGGCCUUCACGCUCUUGAUGGUCUUUCCUUUUCAUUGGAGAAGGACUGGGUCAGAGAUCUGUUGGAGAGAGAGAAUAAAGAGAUUAUUUUUCAUUAUUUUUAAAUGGUUGUUUUUGUUUUAAUUUGCACAGCUGCACAGAGGAAAUAACUUAGGCACUUUCUGUUUUUUUAAAAAAAUAAUAAGGUCUCAUGGCUUCAUUCAGAGACCACAGUAACAACAACAGCCCACCAAUCAGAGAAGCUGGUUGUUAUUAACCAAGCUACAGAUUCACACUUUCUGGCCUAAACCCUAAUGGGAUGAGGCUUUUCACCCCAUGCCAUGCUGGUGGUGAUUUUUUAGCCCCUAAAUAAAACACUGGACUAUUUCCUAUUUACUUCAUUGAUAGCAACUACAAAGGUGGACUCAAAGCAAAGCACAAUCAUGCCAGCCAACAUUCCAGAAUUCUGCUGAGAACUCCAAGUCUGUGAGGGGAGAGGUUUCACAAGCCCGACAGGCCUGGGGGACUGCAGUCCCCAAGGAGACCCUGCCACGUGCUGGCCCUUUGAGUGAGAAUGCUGCAUCUUUCUACAUAUCUUCAUGAGAAUACUGAGAAUUGGAUUUUCCUUUUCAAAAUGCACUUUGCUUUUUUUGUAUGUUUUGUUAUGUUGAGAUGUUUCUAAAGAAAAGAUUUUAUGUAAUUAUAAGAUGAAGCGUAGUGAAUUGUACAGCCGUUGUAAUAAUGACCUAUUUCUAUAUAAAAUAAAAUUGUAUGGCUUAUGUGUAAAUUAUUUUGUAUCUGAGAUACCAGUUCCUUUCCCAAAUAUAAAAGUAUAAAAGUUUUCUUGUGUUUUUCUGUGAGUGAAAAUUUUGUAAUAAAUUAACAAAUUUGUACAAUU